AUGGCCGCAGACAAUACGACAGAUCGGAAAACAGGCGCCAGUUUCGCAAUCGAAAGUCAGAUUACCAGGAAAAGAAAGCCCUCACCAACUUCUAGUCAUCAUGGCGAACACAAAAAAUCUGCAACUGAAGUUACAGGCUCGUACGAUCCUACGCCGUUGGAGGCCACAUUUAAACCGAGCGAAACACACUCGGCUAUCCUUUCAGCGAAACAAAGAGAUGUCCAGUUACUGACUAUCCAUAAUGAUUGCCCUCUUCUCCUCCACCCACAACCUAGUCUCCCUGCUCAGAUAGCGUCCAAUAUUUCUAGAUCGAAGAGGCCCAACAAUAUCCAAGAAUCAACACGCGCCGACACGAAAUCGCCACUGAUUAUAGAAUACGGCGGUACUUAUGAGACGCCAUAUGUUGUCAACUCACCACAAUAUCCCAGCAAGGGGGACGAUUUCAGAAAACUGCGCGAAAACACUUCUCAGAUGACCUGUGAUAAUACCAGUAGUUUGAGUGUUUCUAAUCCGUCUAAUAACUCGCUUACACGCUUUGAAGAAGUUCGAAUGCCAGUGACUAUUGAGAGCUUAGCCCCUUUGACUGGGCUGAAAAUACCAGAUAUUUCAACCGAAUAUAUCUUCGACCCUGAUGACAUCCAGCGUCUACUCGCAGGUACGCCUAUCUCCGAUGGGCUUUUUCGAUUGCCGGGAGCUCACCCCAUUAAGGCGUACAAACUUCUAAAUUCCACCCAUGACCCUCUUUUGCCUUCUUAUCCAGGGGCUCACGGUGCUCAUAUUACAUGUUAUGGUAAAGGGAAGGAUGCUUCAUCAUCAGAAAAUGAACCUUUUGCCCUCUUAGUUCGGAAUGGAAGAGGCGGAUAUCGCUAUCUCGGAACCUACCGCCAGCCUUCCGCAAGUGACUACCUCGGUCGUGAUGAGGUUCUAAGGCUACCACAUAGUAUAAAAUUGGAAUGGGCGCGCCGUUUAGGAACAAGACCGCUCUUCGGCAUGGCUAAGCCUUGCGAGACUGUAGAGGCACUGUCUAUAUUUUACCAAAGCGCUAACCAGAAUGCCGGAAGUGUUGCGGAUGUUGAGGUCCCUAGUGAAGUGGAUAGACCGAACUCCCUGGGGAUAUCUGACAUUAUAGCGGCAUUCGCAGUGCAUGACUUUGAACCGGAGGCAUCAAUGAAUCUGUGCUACGAUUACCUGGAAUGUGUUGGUUAUGACAAUUUAUUUUACGCCGAGCUAGUUGUCAACGAGGCGUUGAGGAAAGAGCUGCUGAUCACCCAACAUCCGAGUGCCCUAAGUCCUACUUCUUAUCAAACACCCGGUCAAGUAACUGGUAAGAUAACCGGAGUAUUUGAUGAUGUUGACGUGUUAAAACUUGCCGUCAUUCGACAGCUUGAGCUACGCCCCGGUAAAAAGGCUCCUACACUCUGGGAUGAAAGUAAAACACCUACGACGCGACACGAGAAAUGCAAAAAAAAUUCAGCAGCAGCAUAUCGGCGGGGGUCUGUAGCAUCCGUACCGUGCGAGAGUUGCCAACGCGGUUCGGGGCCAUUCCAGAAAUGCAUAAUUAUCGACAACUGGUCUGUGGGUGCCUGUGCAAAUUGCAAGUUUCAUGAUAGGGCAUAUCUUUGCUCUUUUAGAAACAAGACUGGUGACCAUCGAAGUCAGAGUGGCCAAUUAUCCUAA